AGCUCCCACCACCCUCCACCCCGUCGCGAAGACUGACGAAAAUGCUCGCUUGAUUAGGCAAAAUAUUUUCACCAAAUAUUGUGCAAUAGUUGCUCGUUUUGCGUUUAAAAUGUUUCAAUUUGUCAAACAAGCCGUCGCUACCUCUUCAGCGGUUCGCUGCUCGCUCCUGACGACGACCGGUGGCCGGACCGCUUCGCAAAGGGCGGUCCACACGAAACGGAUACGGGUGCCGCCACCGGUGAAACCCUGGAACGAUGCCCACCUCAAGAUCACCCCGUUUGGAUGGGUUUUACUGGCCAUUCCAGCGACAACGUUUGGCCUGGGCUGCUGGCAGGUUCAGCGCAAACAGUGGAAGGAAGAACUGAUCCGAAACCUCGAGACGCGAAUGCGUCUGGAGGCGCGUCCGAUCCCCGAUGACUUAACCGAAUUGGACGACAUGGAGUACCAGAAGGUCACCGUGCGAGGUCACUUCCUGCACGACCAGGAGCUGCAUUUAGGGCCGCGGGCCCUCAUCCAGGACGGAGACUCCAAGACCGCCGGAGGACUAUUUUCCCAGAAGGAGACCUCGAUCGGAUACCUUGUCAUAACACCCUUCAAGCUUGAAGGAAGAGACGACACCAUCCUCAUCAACCGUGGCUGGGUUCCGAAGCGCUACCUCGAUCCGGCCACCCGACCCGAAGGUCAACCCCGCGGGACCAUCGCUCUGGAGGGGGUCGUCCGGCUGCCCGAGAACCGUCCCCAGUUUACGCCGAACCAGCGCGGCGCCAUCUUCAUGUACCGGGACGUACCGCGGAUGGCGGAAAUUCGCCGUACCUCGCCAUACUUCCUGGAUGCAACGGCGGCGGCCACCGUUCCGCACGGACCGGUGGGCGGCCAAACGCGGGUCACACUGCGCAACGAGCACCUGUCGUACAUUAUGACCUGGUUCAGCUUGAGCGGGUUCACCGCGUGGCUCUGGGUGCGGCAGGUUGUGCGCGGGAAGUCGUUUUGAGGGAUGGAAAUAUACGCUGAUUGAUGUUUGUUGA